AUGAAAGGGUCACGUGAUAAUAAUCACAAACGUCCUUUCAAAAUGAAGUAUCUCGCUGCCUACCUCCUCCUCGCCCUUGCCGGCAACGAGGCUCCCUCCACCGCCGAUAUCAAGGCUGUCCUCUCCUCCGUCGGCAUCGACGCUGAGGGUGACCGUCUCGAGAAGGUCAUCUCCGAGCUCCAGGGCAAGGACCUCCAGCAGCUGAUUGCUGAGGGCUCUACCAAGCUCGCUUCCGUUCCCUCCGGCGGUGCUGGUGGCGCUGCCGCCCCUGCCGCUGCCGCUGCCGGUGGUGCUGCCGCCGCUCCCGCUGAGGAGAAGGUCGAGGAGAAGGAGGAGGAGUCCGAUGAGGAUAUGGGCUUCGGUCUCUUCGAUUAA